AUGACUCCUGAGAUCGCAAUCGUUGGCGGUGGCCCAUCCGGACUUGCACUGGCUGCCAUUCUCGAGCGCAAAGGCCUCGGCAAUUACAUCGUUUACGAACGUGGCAGCGAGCAUGUCCCUCCCCGCGGCGGCUGUCUCGAUCUCCACCCAGGCAGUGGCCAGCGCGCCAUGAAAGAAGCGGGCGUUUACGAUGAGUUCAAGCGCAUGUCUCGAGACGGACCUGCCACCAUCCAUGAGGUCUGGGAUUUUGACGGCAACCAAGUGACGGGGUGGGGAGAGGGCCGCGACGCGCCCGAGAUUGAUCGGUUCAAGCUGCGGCAGGCGCUCCUUACCGCAAUCCCAAAGGAAAAGGUUGUCUGGGAUACGAUGGUUGAAAGUGCAGAAAGAGGCGCAGACGGGCAAGUCGUCCUGAAGUUCGCCGACGGGAGCACGAGAUCAGGGUUUAAACUGGUGGUUGGAGCCGACGGUGUGAACAGCAAGAUUCGGCAUCUGGUCCAUCCAGUGAAGCCCAUCUUCACGCGCCAUGUCUACCUCUCGGGAAAAAUUAACCCGAGCAACCCAUUCUACCCGAAGAUGAAAUCCAUGGCCAAGGAAGGCUCCAUGAUCGUCAUGGGCAAAAGGAAACACAUGUUCAACCAAACGCAAGGCGACGGCCAUUACAGGAUUGAUAUAGGGUUCGAGGGCGACGAAGACUUCGCCGGCAAGCUCGUUGACUUCAGGGAUGAACAGGCCGUCAAGAAGUUCCUCCUCCAGGACGACCAAUUCGGCACCAUUUGUCCGGAGUUCAAAGAGAUCAUUGAGAAGGCCGAGGGCCCCUUCUGGCCCUGGCUCCUAUACUACUUCCCCCCUGAGUCGUUGAACUGGGAGACCGUCCCAGGUGUUGCUCUGAUUGGCGACGCAGCCCAUGUCACAACUCCCUACGUUGGGGACGGAGCCAACUGCGCAUUACGCGACUCAGUUUACCUUGCACUCAGCUUGCAAAAGUACGGUAUUACCACCGAGGCCGUUACCGAGUACGAGAAAGAGAUGUUCCCGUAUGCCAUUGAUGUUAUCACAAGGAGCAGGAAGAGCGAAUCCUUUUUCUUCGCCGAAGAUGCGCCUAAGGGCUUUGUCGAGAUGAUGAAGACUGGAACGCUGGUGGGGGUUGCAGACGAUACUCUUUGA